AUGUCACGGCAGAGAGAAAUGCUGCGGGCUGGGCGUGCUGCGAAUACAUUCCGCGAGCUGCUGCAGCUGCUGCAGAAGACACCUGCAGGUGCUCUUCGAUCGGCCCUUCAAGAUCCUGGUCAGGACUCGGACACCGGACUGCACAGGCACGUCCAGAGUGCCAAAGAGCUGGGGAUUGUCGUGGCCACGCUCAGCAAGAAGAAGCUGUGGCAGAUAGCACUGGGGCUCAUUCCACAGUUUCGGGCUCGAAAUGUUGAGGCUGACGUGAUUGCAUACAAUGUCGGGAUCUCCUCUUGUGAGCGUUCACAGGCCUGGAACAGUGCCAUCGAACUACUCGACACGAUGACUCGCGAGGGUUUGGAGCCCGACGAAGUCACAUUCAACUCGGUGAUGAGCGCGUGUGGCAGAUGGUGGGCCUACGCCGUGGAAAGUUUGCGAGAGUUUGUCUUCAAGUCUGGCAUGUCGCCCACAACAUACAGUUUCAACUCAUGUUUGGGUGCCUGCGAACGCUGUGGGCAGUGGGCACUGGCAAGUGCCCUCUUUCUCGACAUGAGUGUCUGCAAGGCGGAGACCGAUGCCUACACGGUCAGCUCAACCAUUAAUGCAUGCAGAGCCCAAGCUCAGCCCUGGCUGACGGCCCUGGAGCUCUUGCAGGAGAUGCCCUUGCGGAAACUUGUGCCGAACGAAAUUAUCCAUAGCUCUGUCAUGCAAGCAUGUGCCUCAAGCAGUCAGUGGAAAGAAGUCCUGCACGGCUUCAGUGCAAUGCGGGCCCAGUCCAUAGCACCGGGCACCAUCACCUACAACAUCGCCAUCCGUGCAUGUGCUGGCGGUGCGUGCUGGCAGUUGGCAUUGCAGCUCUUUUCCGAGUUGCAGUCCGACCUGAGGCCGGGUGGUGACAGCUAUGCAGCACUGCUGGCAUCUUUCGAGGCAUCGUCACUCUGGGCAAUGGCCUCAAAGAGAGCAGGAGUUAUCAGGGAUCACCGUUCGGGGUAG